AGCACCACCCUCUCUCUAUCUCUUCUUUAGCUUCGGUUCUACAGAGACUGGGAGGAACUCUCUCUCUCUCUCUCUGUUUUUUAUUACAAGCAUGCAAGCCCGGAACCAUGUCAUAGUUUCCACUUCUGCCCCUCCCAGUUCCCUAUAUUACUUCCUUGCCACUUCUGCUCUGAGUUUCCACGUCCAUGGCGGUCUCGGACGUCGAGGCAGUGCUCGAGUUCUUGAAGAAAAACGGGUUCUCCGAGGCAGAGUCUGCACUGAAAGAGGACAUGAUUGAAAAGGGCGAUCUGGGUUCUUUUGAUUAUGAGAAAUUCUUGUUUCCGAUGGUGCCUGCGCCACCGCCGGUGAGAAUUCCGGCGAGUUUUCAGAGAUCGAAGGUUCCGGGUCUGGUUGAAGUCUCGAGCUCGCGAUCGAGCUCCGGGGAUGAUGAGUUUGUGAGCGUCGGGUCUUCUAGUACUAAUAGGUGCUCUUCAGAAUUUACAAAUCCAUAUGGAAUUCGAUCUACAUCUCCAGGCAGUUCCAAGGCUUCAUCUGAUAGAUUCUCACAAUUCGGCACCGCACGCGAUUACCAUGAUUUUGAUAUGCAAAAUGACUUGUUCUGGCAUGAUGAGAAAGAUGAUGCAGACUUCAUGACUCCUUGCUUUGACGGGGUAGACUUCUUUGGCUGUCCCACUGAGGAUAAGUUCAUCAUGACUUCAGACGCUGACAAAAAAAACGAGGACCUGCUGGGUCUGCAUCAUAAAUCGGAAGCAUUUCGAUCAGAAAUAAGCCUUGAUUACUUGGACAAGAAAUGUCUUACUAAUAUUUCUUCCACGGAUGCCAAAGGUGUUUGUGUGACAGACUACUGUCAGUUUGAAAUGAAACAUCAGCUUGAAGGAGGCUCUGAGGAGGAGCCUGCUGGUGAAAAGUUGAAAGAAACUGAUUUGGAUAUCUCCCAUGUGAAUGUUUUGGGGGGUUUUCCUUCCGUGAAUAGAAUAAGAAAGAGUUCUAACUACUCUCCUAAAAGGAGUUCCACAAAGGGCUGGUUGGAAAAUGUAAAAGGUUCUUCUGAUUUACAUGGUAAGAUUGCAGAGAAAGAUAUCAGGCCGGAUGGAAUUGACAGCUCUGAAGUUGGAAACAGUGAUGUAAAUGAAGAAUCCCAUGAUCCUGAUGAAGACAGUGAUGAAGUUUCUAUGUACAAAACUGAUGAGAAUGAGUAUGAAGUUUUCGAUUUAAGAGUCAUACACAGAAAAAACAGGACUGGAUUUGAAGCAAACAAGGAUCUACCUAUUGUGCUAAAGACCAUAGUUGCAGGCAGAUACUAUAUAACUGAAUAUCUGGGUUCGGCUGCUUUUAGUAGGGUUGUACAGGCUCAUGAUCUUCACACAGGAGUCGAUGUUUGCCUCAAGAUCAUCAAAAAUGAUAAAGAUUUUUUUGAUCAGAGUUUAGAUGAGAUUAAACUUCUUAAGUUUGUAAACAAGUAUGAUCCUGCAGAUGAGCGCCACAUUCUGCGACUUUAUGACUACUUCUAUCACCAGGAGCACCUCUUCAUUGUUUGUGAGCUACUCAAGGCGAAUUUGUACGAAUUUCAGAAGUUCAGUCGAGAAUCUGGUGGAGAAGCAUACUUUACAUUAAGAAGGUUGCAGGCCAUAACCCGUCAAUGUUUAGAGGCAUUGGAAUUCUUGCAUCACCUGGGAGUUAUUCACUGCGAUCUCAAGCCUGAGAACAUUCUCAUUAAAAGUUACAGAAGAUGUGAAAUAAAAGUCAUUGAUCUUGGAAGCAGUUGCUUUCGAACAGACAACUUGUGCCUAUAUGUACAAUCUCGUUCCUACAGGGCUCCUGAAGUCAUGCUUGGGCUCUCAUAUGACGAGAAGAUUGACAUGUGGUCUCUUGGAUGCAUCUUGGCUGAGCUAUGCUCCGGAGAAGUGCUCUUUCCGAAUGAUGGGAUUGUGACGAUCUUUGCACGUAUCAUUGGAAUGCUUGGUCCUAUCGAUCUGGAUAUGUUAGUGAAAGGACAGGAGACAGACAAGUACUUCACAAACGAAUUAGAUCUCUACCACAUAAAUGAGGAGACAAACCAAUUGGAAUACAUAAUCCCUGAGGACUCCUCCCUGGAGCAACACCUGCAAGUAACCGAUAUUGGGUUCAUCGACUUUGUCCAAAGCUUGCUUGAGAUCAAUCCCCAGAGACGCCCAAGCGCAGCGGAGGCACUAGAGCACCCCUGGCUUUCCUAUUCAUACGAAUCGAGUUCUUUCUAAAACUUGUGUGGUAAUGGUUUCCCUAGUGGCUUUGUUUAUAUCUCAGUUUUGAAGCCCACUUUGUGAGUUGCGCUGCAUCCUUUGAGCACAGGACUGGGAUGCCUCUUCCAUAUUGCAGUUUUGGUUUCUGUACAUGCUUUGUUAAUAUUAUCAUGCCUAUUAACAAUUUAACAUAUCCAUAAUUCAACUGUACAAAACGCUCCACCCACAUGGUGGUUGGCUAUUCCAUAAACAGAAUAUGAGUGACCAAAUCAUUAGAAAUGUAAUAAAAUCAUCACUGGCAUUGAUUUGGGUUUUAGAUGCCAAUGACUCAAUUGAGUA